UUUUAGCAAUUUGCAGGAAACCAACUAGCAGGAAUAAUAAAUAGCUAAGUGUUUUUCUCUCCUAUAUGAUCAGACCUUCCCCUUCCGUCCCAAUGUUUACAGUAGAUAUAGCUUUAAGAAGAAGAUUUUAGGAACACAUACUGUUAUGCUGCUCUCUCUGGUCCAAAGGUAAUAUGUGGCUGUUCAGUAGAACCUCUAUGUGACUGGAUUACUACAGCUCCAAUGAGUCCACAGACGACACCGCCGCACAGAUGUGAGUCUGCGUAUUUUUCUAACCUUCGGCGAAAUCCCUGACAGCCCAUGUAACCCAGGUAAUGAUAGCUGCAUGGGUUCGUUGUUGAAGGCUACUGGUGCCUGUUAUAUCGAAAUUCGUAUUACUUUAUUAUAGGCUAACCUAGAAAUAAUUAUUCUACAGACCAGUGGAUUGUUUAUCUUAACGCAAAUGUGUUUGUUUCGUCAGUGCGAGUUCUGAGUGUCACCUUUGUUUGGCUGUGGUUGUUGACUGGAAAGAAGAGCGUUGUGCCUUUGUAAACUGGUGCAGGCUGUUUGUACUUGUUCUCUCUUGAGUAGGUUAAACGAAGACAGAAGUAGGCUACAAUAAUAUAAACAUCGCCAUAGUCACCAUUACAGUUAAAUAAUGUAUGUCUGUGUCAGCCGGUGUAUGUGGGUUACCAGCAGCAGUUGCAGGCUACUGUCAGAGAUACAGUAGUUCCACGGUUUUUAGUUUUUUGGGGGGGACAUUUUUUGGACAUAGAUCAAUAACCUGGGGGUAUCUGUGUGUAAAUGAAAACCUUUAUGGCCAGGGGAGCAGCUAUAAGUUAGUAGAGUCUUGCCAAUGCCUACAAGUCUGUUGGUUAUUGUGUUGCAGUAACAAAGUUCUUGGUAGUGUAUAUGCAUUUCUUAAUUUAUUCACAGUAUUUUUGUGAAUACAAAAAAAAAUCUAUCUGCCUCAGGUGGGGUAGCAAUGUGUGGCUUUUGUAAGUACCCUUAUGAACAGUGGUGAGGGAGGGAGAGGAAGGGAUGGAGGAAGAGAGGGAGGACAGGAGAGAGAACCUGAAAAGAGCCACAAGCUGUUAUCCCAUCCUCUCCUGACCCUGGAAGUGAUUCCCUGUGAGGGGUUGUCCUCUCGAACCUUAGCCCGGGCCCCUGCCAAAGAGCCCCCCACCCUGAUCCAGACAGAGACAGAGCAGGGCGGUGCAGAGGGGACCGCAGGCAGAGAGGAGACCCCAGGAGGGGAGAGGGUUGGACACUCACAUGGAGGCAGACUAGAGGAAGAGAAGCUAAAGGAGAAGAAGGAGAAAGAAAGAAUAUUACGGUGGAGAGAGAGAACCUUGCACCAGCAUUUAGUAGCAAAGACAGAGGAGGAAAGGAGGAGAAACAGAGGGAAGAGGCCAUCUCAAACCAAAGCCAAACCAACUCCAAAUGUAGUCUAUUACCUCGACGGAGCCAGCACAGCUCUGCCUCCUGCACUGUUAUGGCCAGUGGCACACUGAACAAUAACACCCUCAUCACAGAGAUGAGAGAUACAGGAGGAGUGCAGGGCAGUAGUCCUAGUUUUCCUCUGAGCUUUAUUAAACCCCAGAAGUCAGCCCUGCCUGAGUCCAGCAGCACACCUGUUACGGAUGAUAGGAGGACAGACACCACUCACACUUCCCUUAUUGCCAAUGGAGACACCAGCAAAGUUCCAAAACCAAACAACAACCCAAAAGAGACAGAUGGAAAAAGAGAGGUAGAUGGAGAGAUAGAAGGAGAUAAGGAUAGAGAGAGAGAUGAGAACUUAAAGACCGUUUCUAAAUACCUCCACCCCUCUCCGUCCUCACCUGGCUCACUGAACUGUCACAUGGCCUUGAUGCACUCCUGGAACUCCUGCAAGAUGCUCAAAUGCCCCAAAUGUAACUGGCACUACAAGUCCCAGCAGACACUGCAUGCCCACCUCAGAGAAAAACACCCUGCGUCUGGGGGCUUGUGUGUGUGUGGGGGCUCGGGGGAGAAGUGUGUGUGUGGAGUGUCAAGGGGUGUGUGUGUGUACUGUAGCACGGGGAAGGCCCACCCUCGUCUGUCCCGGGGUGAGAGUUAUGUUUGUGAGUACAAACCCUACCGCUGUGGUGUGUGUGAUUACACAACCUCCUCUAAAGGAAACCUCAGCAUACACAUGCAGUCAGACAAACACCUCAGCAACGUACAGGUAGCAGGACACACACACCCUGCGCACGGCACUCACACACACUCCGCACACAAUGGUGGCUACGCUGUCAGAGACACGGCAGGCGAACAGGGCUACGGACGCACACACCCCACAGUCACACAGGCCCCUGCACACACAACACCCAACCCCAGCCAGCCCCCUUCCCACGGUAAGAGGUGGCGGUGUGAGGUGUGUGAUUAUGAGACCAGCAUUGCCCGGAAUCUGCGCAUACACACCACCAGCGAGAAACACAUGCAUAACGUGCUGCGCCUGAAACAAACACCCAACAUGUUGCAGAGAAGCUACUACCUGGCCCACUGCAGGAGUCUGCCUCCUCAACUCACACUGCUACACAGCAUAGGUGGCGAACAGUCUUUAGAUAUGCAUCAACUAUCAGCAGAGGAGCCAGUCGCCCCGGAUUCAACCCUGACCCCCUCCCCCUCUCCUCCUCCCUCCUCACCAUCCCCUUCUCCAUCCUCCUCUCCCCCUCCUCCACUGUCUCUCUCCCCCUCUUCUCCUCUUUCCUGUGGUGUGUUCCAGUGCCUGGUGUGUUCCAGUUUCUCCUCUGACAGUCUGGAGUCUCUUAGGUCUCACCUGAGCGCCCCCUGCUCCCUGCCCCAGUCUGAGUGGCGCUCUCUGGUGGCUGGAGGCUGCUACUGCAGGCUGUGUGGCUACAGCACCCCCCUCAGGGCUAACUUCACCCUGCACUGCCAGACAGACAGACACAGGGCCCAGUACCAGCUGGCUUCCCACCUCUGGGAGGCCGGGGACAGCGAGGAAUUUGUGAAGUUGGUUGCUACAGGCAACCCAGUCCAGCUGAAGUGUAACUUGUGUGACUUCCAGACCACCAGCUUGGAGAAACUGAAAAUACACAGCAUCAACCCUCAACACCAGGCCAGCCUCAGAGUCUACAGGUUCUUACAGCAGUAUGACAGUGCAGUAGAUGGAGGGUCCUGGUUGUUCCAUUGUGUCCUGUGUAACUACUCCUCCUGUUCUAAACUCCACCUAUUGAGACAUACCCACUCCCCUGGUCAUCAGAAGAGGGAGCUUCACUACUUGCAGUUAGUGAGAGGGAGGAGCCUGGAGGAAGGGGAGGGGCUAGCGGCUACUUUCACCAUUAGGAAGUGUCCCAGUCCUGAGACAGGUGGAAGCAUUGAGCAGGGGGAGAGGAGAGAUUCCCUUUCUCCAGCCAAGCGAUCGUUCUCUGGGCUGGAGGAGACACAGAGCCCCCUCUCUCCCAAACGCCACAGAACAGACCAGCGCACUACUCACCAACAGGCUACUGCCAAGUGCCCACUGUGCCAGGACACACUGGUAUACACACACCUGAGACGCCACCUCAUACUCAUACACAGUGUGGUCCAGGACUGUGUGGACAAGCUCAUGAGUAUGGUGGCAGUGGAGCUGCCUGAGAUUCUGCAGAAAGAGACACUGCAGAUGGAGUCCCACUCAAAUAUAAAGGAAUCUCAAACAAACGAUUGCAACACAAACAGCUCUUACACGAAGGAAUCCCUCACAAACGAGCCUCAAACAAAUGACUACCAUACAAAAAAAGAAAAAGUAAUCACAGCCAAAGAUGUCCCUGCUCUUCUGACUCCUCCCUGUAAGGACCAGCACCCAGCAGAGGACAACACCUCUCCCCCUUCCCCACCCACUCUUUCCUCUCUCUCCCCCAGCAACCUCCCUUCAUCCACUUUACCCCCGUCUCCUCCCAGUGAUGCCCCUCCCCCCUCUGAUUGUCAUGGUUACAGGUUUCGCUGCGGCAGGUGCAGUCUAGCGGUCCGAAGGCAGAAGAAGCUGCAGCUGCACUGGCAGUACCACGCCAUGAUGGCGGCGACAGAGUGCCACCUCUGCCCCAGACGCUGCCGCAGCCAAGAGGCCCUGCAGAGACACCUGCUCAACACACACCUACAGGACCUACACCUACAGGGUACACACCCUGAUCAGAGUGGAGCAAACAUCCAACAACCAAUCAGCCUGGAGGGGGAGGAAGAGGAGGGGGAGAGUAUGAGUGAAGAAGAGACGGAUAAGGAGGAAGAUGAUGAGGAGGGAGAGCAGGGAAAGGGAGAUGAAGGAGAGGAGGAUGAAAAUGAUGACCCAGAUGAGGAGGAGGAGAGGCCCAGUUCAGGGGUUGGUGACAGUGACCAGGGUUCAAGGCAGCAGGAGGAGAAGGAGGCAGGGUCAGAACCCAACCCCUUCAGCAAGGGCUUCAACCCCACUCUGGAGCGGUUCCUGGACCCGGCUCGGCCCUACAAGUGUUCCUUCUGCUGUGAGUCCGUCACUCAGAGAACCAUCCUGCCGGUCCUCUAUAACUCUCUGUCCAACCGAGCCAGAGCCAGACGGGUCCUGCAGGACUCCAGCCCCAGUCCCCCUGACACCCGCUGCAGCCCGGCCCCAGACGCAAAAUCCUACCGCUGCAGAAUGUGUCGGGUGGCUUACAGCCAGAGUUCCACCCUGGACAUCCACCUCCGCUCUGUACUGCACCAGACACGAGCCCGUGGAGCUCGGGCCCAGCUAUCACUGAACCCCCACACCCGCCAAACCCUAGUUCCAGCCUUGGUUCAGACCACUUCCUCCAGCCGUUCACCAGGGGGAGGAGAGGUAUCUACCAGGGGAACCACCCCAACAGCCACCAGAUCAGCCCCUUCCUCCCCAAGUCCCUGUUCCUCCCUCAGUGAAGCCCAGCUGAGUGUGGGUGUCUCUGGGAAGGCUGAGGGCCACCAGGCUAAGAGGCGGAGAGUAGAGGACCUGACAGCAUCUGGAGGACAGCAGGACCUAACGUUACUCCAACAGCAGGUAGCCCAGGCCCAGAUGCCACAACAGCAGCAUAAGUUAGCCCAGGCCCAUAUACAGGAACACACAGCCCUCCUCCAGCCCCAGCUCUUUAGUCCAACACUGCUCCCGCACCUAACCUUACUGCAGCAGAACCUCUUAAAGCAGUUCCUCCCUUCAGCAGCAGAGAGUCUCCAACAGAGGAACCUCCUCUCUCCCCUCCAGUUCUCCCCAGACAACCUGUUUUCUCUACAGCAGCAGAUGAUCCAGUCCUUCUACCUCUCUGGAGGUCUGCAGCUCAACCCUAACAUGAACUUUAGUCAGAUCACCUCAGCCCUCUCCCUCCAGACCAUCUCUGCCCUCUCCUCUCAGACAAAUGGGCUUAAACAUCCCUCUCCAAAGCUGGUGACAACUAGCAUCCAGUCUCCAGCCCAGCCCCCGAAAUGUGAGACUCAGGCUGAGACAGCUGACAGUGACUCCCCCCUUCACCAGACGGAGAAAGAGUCAAACCCAUCCUCCUCUCCUGAGGGAGAUGGAGAGAUGCAGGAGAGCAAGAAGAGGGAUGGAGCAGAGAAGGCUCUCAGAGUUCUGCUGGAGAGAUAUGGCUGGGAGCUGGCCCUGCAAUCCAAUCAGAGCAGACAGAGACAACAGAUCAGAGAGACGGGUGGAUGCCUGGAGGAGGAGAAGCAGUGUGGAGAAUGUGGGAAGCAGUUCUCUGACUCUCUGAUCCUGAAGAGCCAUCAGGAGUUUGUUCACCAGCAAAUGAUCACUCCGGUAGUGUUGGAGACGUUCUCCAGACAGUAUGACUGCCUCUACCCCCUCACACCCUUCCCUGUAGCAGACAAUGAUAAUACUGUUGUUGCACGUCUAACCCCAGCCACAGCACCUGUACUUGCACCCUUACCCCCAGCACCAGUCUCUUAUUCAAUCCUUGAUCAAGCCCAAUCCCUCUCCCAAGCCUCAGCCAUAGGUCCAGACCAAGCUGUACCAACCACACCAGCAUCUGUACCUGUAACCCUGUCCACAGACCAAGCCCCAGUUAAUUCCUUCUGCCCAGCCCAAGCCUCACCAACACCCUCUCCUCCUCCACCCUCUUCCCAAACACAACCACUUCCAGAGCAGCUGCAGGACACUAUGACAUCGACAACCACCUCUGCCCCCUCUCCAACUAUCAUACCCCAGUCCAAUCUCUCCAUGCAUUUCCCCUUAUCCCAACUCCCCCUGCCCCCUCUUCCUUUACCAAGCCUCUCCACUCUUCCCUUCCCCAUAGACCUCUCUCUCCUCCCCCUUGGUCUAAUGCAGCCCAUAGCACUCCAGUCCAUGCUUCAGUACCAGUCCCUGUUAUCAUCGGGCCACCAACCACCCCUAUCCCUAUUCACCAAUGCUCACUCCACCCACAAACCAUCUCUACCCUCAUACACGAACACACACUGUGCUCCUAGCCCAUCUCUACCCCCAUACACUAACACACACUGUGCUCCUAGCCCAUCUCUACCCCCAUACACUAACACACACUGUGCUCCUAGCCCAUCUCUACCCCCAUACACUAACACACACUGUGCUCCUAGCCCAUCUCUACCCCCAUACACUAACACACACUGUGCUCCUAGCCCAUCUCUACCCCCAUACACUAACACACACUGUGCUCCUAGCCCAUCUCUACCCCCAUACACUAACACACACUGUGCUCCUAGCCCAGCCCUGCCCUUUCUGAAGCGUAGGCUGGAGGAAGGGACAGCGGUAACGCCUAUGAGGGAUGUGAUGGACGGUGAGAGAGAGGAAGAGGGAGAGAGAGAGGGUGAUGAGCAGAGGAGGGAUAGGCGCCAGAGGACCACCAUCAGUUCGGAGCAGCUAGAGGUUCUGUACCAGCGCUACAGUCUGAACUCCAACCCAACCCGCUCUGUACUGGAGGGCAUCACCAGGGACACAGGCCUGAAGAAACGUGUAGUGCAGGUAUGGUUCCAGAACACCAGGGCUCGUCAGAGGAAGGGCCAGCUCCAGACCCUGGGGAGAGGAGGAGGUCUGUGUCUGGGUGACAACCACAGGCGCUGUCCGUUCUGCAGGGCUCUCUUCAACGCUCAGAACGCCUUGGACGCCCAUGUCAGGGCACACCACUGUUCACAGACUGACAGAGCUGCCUAUGGCUCAUUUCAUCAGAUGGGUCCUGCAGAUGACUCCAGCUUCUCUCACAACCAUUGAUCCUACAGAGACAGGGAGGGUCCCUCUCUCUCCAUCAAGCCUUUUCCCUCUCUCCCACCAUCCUCCUCUCUCUCUCUCCCUCCCUCCCUCCAUCCCUCCCCAAGCCCAUUUCAUCCCUCCCCAAGCCCUCUCCACUGAGAGAACAUACAUUUCUGGGUAAACUGAUUUGUCCUUUGACCUGAACAAACCCCAAAUUGAAGAGGAGGAGAAAGAAAAGGAAGAGCAUCUGUCAGUAAAAAUAUUCCCUUCGUCUGACCAGGUUCAUGAGGGUAACCGUAGCAAUCUGUUGUCUCUGGGAUACAAUUAUGGAAUGACGAGCUUCAACGUUCAAGACUGUGACCAGAACACCAGUCCAAGUCUGUCUGAGUGUGGAUAGGCAUGUAUCGAGACAGCAGCAGAGGCAGCGUACCCAGAUGACCCACCAGCAGGUUGCCCAACUCCGUCUGCUACAGGGAGCAACCCAGCCCCCUGCGGUGUGAGGGCCUGGCAUGCAGGGUAGUGCAGGUGUGGUUUCAGAAUAACCGGGCCAAAGAGAAGAGGGCCAGGAGCCUUAGAGUCGACCCAACCACAGGAUAGAGAGAAAGACUGCAGAGAACAGGGGAGAGAACACACAGCCAUGAAACAAGUGCACGUCAGUCACAACAAUGAAUCAACCACACACACAGCGAUGAACCAACCACACACACAGCGAUGAACCAACCACACACACAGCGAUGAACCAACCACAUGCCCAAGAAGCCAAAGAUCAUUCUACCCUCCUCAGCCCAAAAACAUCACAGGGCAGACCUCCUAGAGCUUUAGGACACCAAUCCUCUGUUCCUCCCUCUCUCCUCUCCUGUCCUUUCUUCCAACCGAUACCUCAGGAGUUAACCCCUCCAUGCCAACAGAUGUCCCUGUCGAGACCAUAUCAUCAUAUCAAUCUUCCCACUUCUGUUUAAAGACAUUACUAGUGUUGUAGUUCUGUUGCAAGUACCAACAGAUUCUAUGAAGAUCGUCUAAGACGUUUGGUGUAUAGAACGUUCUUUCAAAGUAAAAGAACUGAAAAAAACAAAAAUAAAGAAUAUUCUUCACAAAGAGCUUCUGCAAAGACUGGCUUGGAUUCCAAAGCUCGUAACCAAAACCUUACAUGUCCUUGGAUUGUGUUGUCAACAUGGUGGUUUUCAUUUCCUGAACUGCAGUACAGACCAUACAGUGAAGGGUAGAUCUGAGAGCGGUGUAGUACCAGGUGUGCACCAAAAGACUGACUGGCCUAUGUGGUGCUGAAGCAGACCUCAACCUUCUCAAUGAUGACUCUAAUGCACAUGUAAAUGUUCCUUAUGUGGAUAAUAGGCCAAAUAGCACUGAGCUAAGUCCACUUUGUCCUUUAAGAGAGAUGUCAUAUAAGAAGCUAUUUUGAUCAUGUCCAACCAAUAUGUCACAACAACUCCAACCAAACAUUACACAACAUUAAAUAGUGAAUGUUAAUGAAUAUGAAUAUUAUGGAUUGUCGGUUGUUGUUAUGCUUUGAUAAGACAAGUGUUAUUUUGUGGUUUAUGAGAACAUAAUGUAUGCGUUAUGAUGUGGAGUUUAGGUAAGAUGUUACCACGCACUCUAACCAUCUCUCUCUCUGUGUAUGACGUCUUCUUACUCUCUCUGUAUUAAUAUUACUGUAGUAAUUAUGAUGAUGAUGAUAAUAACAGUAAUAACUAUGCUAAUAUAUAAUGCUUUAAAACACAACCCAAAGACAUAAUAACCCUGUAACCAUUGGUGCAUAAAGCCCACAAAAACAACUUGAAAAGUUAGCUUGAUAAUGUAUAAUUGAAUGAUGGAAAGAAGAGAGACUGUAUAAGAA